CCUUCCCCCGCGGGGAGCGCCGCGUCCGGGGGCGGCGGCGGCCCGGGCUGGGCGCGGAGCGGAGCCGAGCGGGAGAUGUAAAUCUUCCCGUGCUGAUGCGUUCACUACAUCUGGGAGCUGUGCAGCCGUCAGCUUCCUGGCUGCUCUACUUGCUGAUACUGAAGAGUCUAGGAUUUUUGACUAUUCAAAAUGAAUGAACACCCUAAAAAGAGAAAACGGAAGACUCUACACCCUUCUCGAUAUUCAGAUUCUUCCGGUGCGACCAAAUACAUAGAUAAUAGUGGGAUUCUUUCUGACCACUGCUAUAGUGUCUGUUCUAUGAAACAACCAGACAUAAAAUAUUCUGAAAACAGAGGUAGAUACCACAGUCCCGUGCAGAGCAUAGACACAGAUGAUGAUGGGAGUCCAGUGCAUGCUGGCACUUCUCACUGGAGUACGUCACAUUCAAACGUCGUGGGGUUGCACUAUACCGAACCUAAAAAGAAGGAUAAAGGUAAAGAUAAAGCUACUAAUAAUGGAAUGUGUAAAGACAUAUGUGAUUCACCGAUAUUCAGUGACAUCCCUACAGAAGAGGAGAAACCUCUUGAUAUUCAAACUGUAGAAAUUUCUACAACGGAAGUUAAUGCUGUAGAAGUUCAUGAUAUAGAAACACAAACUGUGUCACCUGAGAAGCUAGAAGCUGAGGAUCUAGAGGAGAUCCCUCUUGAAACCUGUAAAAUCUUCGAGAAGAACCAGGCUUUGAACAUCACAGCUCAACAGAAAUGGCCUUUGCUGAGAGCCAACAGCAGUGGCCUGUACAAGUGUGAGCUCUGUGAGUUUAAUAGCAAGUACUUCUCUGAUUUAAAGCAGCACAUGAUCCUGAAGCACAAGACAUGUACAGACACUCAUGUCUGUAAAGUUUGUAAAGAAAGCUUCUCCAGCAAAAUGCAGCUAAUUGAACAUGUAAAGCUACAUGAGGAAGAUCCGUACAUCUGCAAAUACUGUGAUUACAAAACAGUGAUAUUUGAGAACCUGAGUCAGCACAUAGCAGACACGCACUUCAACGACCACCUUUAUUGGUGUGAGCAGUGUGAUAUGCAGUUCUCCUCGAGCAGUGAGCUGUACCUGCACUUCCAGGAGCACAGCUGUGACGAACAGUACUUGUGUCAGUUCUGUGAGCAUGAAACAAACGAUCCAGAAGAUCUGCACAGCCACGUGGUGAACGAACAUGCGUGUCGGCUGAUAGAGUUAAGCGACAGCUAUAAUAACAAGGAGCGUGGACAGUACAGUCUCAUAAACAAAAUUAGUUUUGACAAAUGCAAAAACUUUUUUGUAUGCCAAGUGUGUGGCUUUAGGAGCAGGCUGCAUACCAAUGUCAACAGGCAUGUUGCUAUUGAACACACCAAAAUAUUCCCUCAUGUUUGUGAUGACUGUGGGAAGGGCUUUUCAGGUAUGUUGGAGUAUUGCAAGCAUUUAAGCUCUCAUUUAUCUGAAGGGAUUUAUUUGUGUCAGUACUGUGAAUAUUCAACGGGACAGAUUGAAGACCUUAAAACCCAUUUGGAUUUCAGGCAUUCGGCAGAUUUACCUCAUAAAUGUACUGAUUGCUUAAUGAGGUUUGGAAAUGAGAAAGAUCUUCUAAGUCAUCUUCAGAUACAUGAGACAGCUUGAUUACCUUCAUUCCCUGUAAUCAGUUUGUUAGAACCCAAAUUAAUUUUCAGUCACUAAAAUGUAUUAAAUACAGUUUUAACAGCACUUGUACAAUUCUAAUGUUUUUGUAUCAACAAAGCAUGUAUAACAACUUGGUGUUAUGAAUUUCCUUACCUAGAGGUUCGGUAGAAAUGAUCACAUUUACAGGUGAUGGGUCACAUUCUGGGGGGAGGGACGGUGGGAGUAGGUGCAUGUUAUAAUAGCAGUUCUGAUGCUCACCCUGUACUUUACACAUUUCAUGUACGAGAGCAGCUCUUUAGGGUUUUAAAAGGGGCAAAGAGAAGGCCAACAUCUAGGUCCAUGCUUAAACACCGCACUGACCUCAGUUGCAUAUCCUAUUCAUCUUACCCCCAGCAGCAGCAGGUCACUGAGCUCACGUUGCAUCAACCAGCCAAAGAUAAGUGCGUUCCAAAACUUCCCAGGCAUGCAAGUCUCCAUAUGUCAGCCUGCAUUUACCACCUUGUACUCCUGAUAAGCUUCUAAAAGUGACCUGUUUUUCUCUUGGGGUACCUGCCCUAUCAUUAUUUGCUUCCUGUCUUUGUUCAGUGUUCUGUUUUAGCUCCUGUCUGUGGAACCACCCAACAACGCUCUCAUCCACACAUUACUACAGACCUCCCACAUCAUUUCUAUCUCCUUUAUUUAUAUUAAUUUCCUGUAUUCCUCUUGAUGCAAGCCUGUCCAGAGCAGGGGGGUUUAAACUAGAUGAUCUCUAAGAUCCUUUUCAGCCCAGGCCAUUCUAUGGUUCUAUGACAGGCGUUGGUUGUGUGUGGAUUGGGUCAUGUUUUAAGGAGCCAAUUGUAAGGGAAUUUGUCAAGUAAUCCAGAUGAGAAUGUCUAAAGAGCAUGAUUUUCAUAAUUUCUCUCUCACUGAAAUACGUUACCAACCUCAUUUGGAGAAAGCCUCUAUAAAUUAGUUUAUAACUACAUAAUUAUUUUGUAGACUAAAAAUAAGUUUUCCACCAAUAGUAAUUUGAUGAAAGUUAUUCUAAAUCAGUAAAUUUUAAACUAUGUUCUGCUUUAAAAUACUGGUAUGGUAUAAAAGUUUAUUGAAUCACUUUCAAAUGAUUUAACACAGCUGUUCUGAUUAGAUAGUGCUGUUCAGGUGUUACAGGCUUCACAAAUGAAUUUUUAAGCUUCAUUCCGUAGCUGCAUUUUUGAGUGACUGAUAGUUGGACAGAUAAUAAGGGUGAGGUCAUCUAGAUUGUGCUAGUUAUUGGAGUGAAAUAACCCAUAAAAUAGUGGUGCAGUUUAGAUUGCUGUAUUGCUUGUAAAUUUGUAAUGUAAGAUUGUCUAAUGCGAGUGUUGUAUAGAUAUAAUUAAUGUAUAAAACGUUUCUUGAUUGGUGAGAUUUGGUGUUAUCAGCUUCCAGGUGUGCAAGGGCUUUCGCACAGAAUUUUUAAAGCUAUAAAAAUUGGCUAUGUAGUCAGUUUAUGGAAGUCCUGAUUUCUAGAGAAGUAUUUCUAGAAAUUCCCAAAAUUAGCCAGUUAGCACUUGUUGCUUUGUAAGAGCAAGGCCAUUUUCAUCAUUUGAAAUGCUGAUUUAGUACCAAAUCUUACAUGUAACUGUUGAAAAGGACAACCUGAUUGUAUCCUAAUUGUAUUUUAGGUCAUUGUAUAGAGGAUGACACUGUCUGUAGUAGAAUUGCUAAUUUCCUAUUUUGAGCUCAUUCAUCAUGGCUGGCUUAAUAUGGUAGCAAUAAUAUAGUUAACAAAAUGCUAACGAGAA